ACUUUGAACUUCCCUUUGGGGCAAGUCUUUCCCUACAGUCACCACAGUUCUUAGCAGAGGAGAACUGAAUGGUGCUGUAUUUCUCUGCGUCCCAGAAAGAUUCAAACCAUGAGACUGUCAGCGAGAAUUAUUUGGCUUAUAUUAUGGACUGUUUGUGUAGCAGAAGAUUGUAAAGGUCCUCCUCCAAAACAAAAUACAGAAAUUCUGUCAGGGUCUUGGCCUGACCAAACAUAUCCAGAAGGCACUCAGGCUCUAUACAAAUGCCGCCCUGGAUACCGAACACUUGGGACCAUUGUUAAAGUAUGCAGGCGUGGAGAAUGGGUAGCUUCUAACCCAUCCAGGAUCUGCCGGAAAAGACCAUGUGGGCAUCCUGGAGAUACACCCUUUGGAUCUUUUAGCCUUGCAGUUGGAACUGGGUUUGAGUUUGGAGCAAAAGUUGUUUAUACCUGCAAUGAGGGGUAUCAACUGUUAGGUGAGAUUGAUUACCGGGAAUGUGAUGCUGAUGGGUGGACCAAUGAUGUUCCAUUAUGUGAAGUUGUUAAGUGUUUGCCAGUGACAGAACCGGAGAAUGGAAGAAUUGUAAGGGGCGCAACGGAACCAGACCAGGAAUAUUAUUUUGGACAGGUGAUCCGUUUUGACUGCAAUGCUGGCUUCAAGAUUGAAGGACAGAAAGAAAUGCACUGCUUAGAAAAUGGCCUUUGGAGCAAUGAGAAGCCAAGAUGUGUGGGGAUUUCCUGCACCCCACCAGUAGUUGAAAAUGGACAAGCUGUAUCUAAGAAACUAGUUUACAAGGAGAAUGAAAGGUAUCAGUAUCAAUGUGACCGAGGUUUUGUGUACAGAGAAAGAGGGGAUGCCAUCUGCACAGCUUCCGGAUGGAGUCCUCAGCCCUCCUGUGAAGAAAUGACAUGCAAACCUCCCUAUAUUCCAAAUGGUGUGUACUCACCUCAGAGGAUUAAACACAGAGCUGAUGAUGAAAUCAGAUAUGAAUGUAAAAAUGGUUUCUAUCCUGCAACCCAAGGAACUGUUGCAAAGUGUACCAGUACUGGCUGGAUCCCUGUUCCAAGAUGUAGCUUGAAACCUUGUGAUUUUCCACAAAUCAAAAAUGGACACCUGCAUUAUGAAGAGAGCCGCAGACCCUACUUCCCAGUACCUAUAGGCAAGCAGUUCAGCUAUUACUGCGACAGCGGAUUUGUGCUUCCUUCUGGGUACAGUUGGGACUACAUGAAGUGUACCAUAGAUGGGUGGGAGCCUGCAGUGCCAUGCCUCAGACAAUGUGUUUUCUAUUAUGUGGAGAAUGGGGAAUCUCCAUACUGGCAAAGAACAUAUGUACAGAACCAGUCUGUAAAAGUCAAGUGUCACUCUGGCUACAGUCUUCCAAAUGGUCAGGACACAAUUACAUGUACAGAGAAUGACUGGUCUCCUCAACCCAAAUGCAUCCGUGUCAAGACAUGUUCAAAGUCAGAUAUAGAAAUUGAGAAUGGUUUUCUUUCUGAAUCUGAUUAUACAUAUGCUCUAAAUAAAAAAACACAGUUCAAGUGUAAGCCAGGAUAUAUAACACCGGAUGGAGAAACAUCAGGAUCAAUUACCUGCCUCCAAAAUGGAUGGUCAGCUCAACCCUCAUGCACUAAGUCUUGUGAUAGGCCUGUAUUUGAGAAUGCUGCAACUAAAAACAAUAGCACAUGGUUCAAACUCAAUGACAAAAUAUACUAUGAAUGCUAUGUUGGAUAUGAAAACAAACAUAAACGUACCAAAGGCUUCAUAACAUGCAAUGCUGAUGGCUGGUCUGAUUUACCCUCAUGUUAUGAAAGAGAAUGCAGCAUUCCCCUAAUAGAACCAUACUUAAACGUUGAUCCCAAGAAAGAAAAAUAUAAAGUUGGAGAUAUAUUGAAAUUUUCUUGCCGACCAAGGCACAGAGUUGGCCCAGAUUCAGUGCAAUGUUACCAUUUUGGAUGGUCCCCUACUUUCCCAACAUGUAAAGAUCAAGUGGGAUCAUGUGACCAACCUCCUGAACUCCACAAUGGGGAAGCUAAAGGAACAAAGAAAGAAGAAUAUGGCCAUGGUGAGGUGGUGGAAUAUGAUUGCAAGCCUAAAUUUCUACUGAAGGGACCCAGUAGAAUCCAGUGUGUAGAUGGAAAUUGGACAACCUUGCCAAUAUGUGUUGAGGAGGAAAGAACAUGUGGAGAUAUUCCUAAACUUGAGCAUGGAUUUGUCCAGUUUUCUGUCUCUCCUUAUUACCAUGGAGAUUCAGUGGAGUUCAGCUGCAUAGAAAACUUCACAAUGAUUGGACAUGGGUCAGUAAAAUGCAUUAGUGGAAGGUGGACACAACUUCCUCAAUGUAUUGCAACAGAGCAACUAGAGAGGUGUAAACCACCAAGGUUAACUGCAGCAGAGGUAAUCCAACCCAAUAAGAUUUACUUUAAUCAUAAUGUUAACAUGAGUUACAAAUGUAGAGGAAAGCAGCAACAUGACCACUCAAUCUGCAUCAAUGGAAGAUGGGAUCCUGAGCCAACCUGUACAAGAAUAGAGAAAGAAUCCUGCCCUCCUCCACCACAGAUUCCAAAUGCCCAAGUGAUGGAAACCACAGUAAAGUAUUGGGAAGGAGAAAAAGUAUCUGUUCUUUGUCAAGACAAUUACCUAAUACAGAACAGAGAAGAAAUGGUGUGCAGAGAUGGAAGGUGGCAGUCAUUACCACGUUGCAUUGCAAAAAUGCCAUGUUCCCAGCCCCCUGAAAUAGACCACGGAUCUGUUAAAUUACCCAGAUCUUCAGAAGAUAGGAGACGCACACUUGAGUCCCGAAGUUAUGAACAUGGCACUACACUCAACUAUGCUUGUGAUGAUGGUUUUAGGAUGGCUGAGGAUCAUGGGGUAACUUGCCACAUGGGAAAGUGGAGCAAUCCACCUCAUUGUGUUGGACUUCCUUGUGGACCACCACCUUCAAUCGAUCAUGGGAUUGUGUCUCACGAACUAGACAGUUACCAACAUGGGGAAGAGGUGACAUACAAUUGUUCUGAAGGUUUUGGAAUUGAUGGACCAGGAUUUAUAAAAUGUAUGGGAGGAAAGUGGCCCAAGCCGCCAGAUUGCAAAAGAACUGAUUGUAACUAUUUACCCAGGUUUGAAAAUGCCAUACUCACAGAAAAGCAAAAAUACUCAUAUAAGUCUGGAGAACAAUUGACGUUCAGAUGUGCACCUUCUUAUCAAAUGGAAGGAUCCAGCAUUGUCACAUGUGUUAAUCGCACAUGGAUUGGAGAGCCAGUGUGCAAAGAUACUUCCUGUGGGGAUCCACCACAUGUGGAAAAUGCUACUAUAAUAACAAGGCCUAUGGCUAAAUAUCCAACAAAUGAGAGAGUAGAAUAUGAAUGUAAUAAAUCUUUUGAACUAUUUGGGGAAAAGGAAGUGAUGUGUCAAAAUGGGAUUUGGACAGAACCACCAAAAUGCAAAGAUUCAACAGGGAAAUGUGGGCCUCCUCCCCCUAUUGAAAAUGGAGACAUCACCUCCUUCCCAUUACUAGUAUACCCACCAUCGUCAUCAGUUGAAUAUCAGUGCCAGGCCUAUUAUCUACUAAAGGGAGACAAGAAAAUAACAUGUAGAAAUGGACAGUGGUCUGAGCCACCAAUAUGUUUACAUGCAUGUGUGAUACCAGAAGAAACUAUGGAAAAAUAUAACAUAAUUCUCAAAUGGAGAGAAAAUCAAAAGCUUUAUUCCCAAUCAGGGGAGGAUGUUGAAUUUACUUGUAAACCUGGCUACCGCAAGGGAAAAAGGACACCUCCAUUUCGUACAAAGUGCAUUGAUGGUCACAUCAAUUAUCCCUUUUGCACAAAAUAAUACAGUUACUAGAAUUUAUGAAUGAGCUUCUGUUUAGAAAGGCAAAUGCAUUAUUAAUAAUACAGUUCCAAUUUACAUUUGAAGUAUUGUUUAACUCAUUUCUUUUCAUAAAUAUAAACUGGUGUUGGCAUAUGGUGAUGGCUUUGGAACAUGAGAGACUGCUGCCACAAUUGCAAAAUCAGCUAUUCAAAACUCCUAAACCCAGAUGUGAUGUAUCUUGGCAUAAAAAUGAAUACCAAGAAAACA